GUGUUAGAAGAAGACUCACUUCCGCCCGCGGCGGAGCGGCGGUGGUGGCGGCGCAGGAGGGCCGGCCGCGGUCCCGAGGGACACACGGACGGACGCAGGGGCGGGCGGCCGGGAGCCAUGGAGUGCGGCCCCGGGGCCGGCGGACGCGGGCGGCGGGUGUCCCACUAUAUGACAUGGAGACCUGUGGCUGCGAGGCUCCCGGGGGCUCGCCUUGGACCACGAUGGGGCCAGGCCGCGGCCUCCUAACCGGACUGAGGUGUGCGGCCCGCGAGCCUGGCCGCCCUCUGCCCGCGUCUCAGAGCAACCCCCCCGCCCCUCCCCUGGCCCGGCGCGGGCACAGUGCCCGCCAUGAACGGCCUGUCGGUGAGCGAGCUCUGCUGCCUCUUCUGCUGCCCGCCCUGCCCGGGCCGCAUCGCUGCCAAGCUCGCCUUCCUGCCUCCCGAGCCCACCUACUCAUUGGUACCCGAACCCGAGCCGGGGCCCGGCGGGGCUGGCGCUGCCCCCUCAGGUCCCCUGCGGGCCUCAGCGGCCACCCCCGGGCGCUGGAAGAUUCACCUGACGGAGCGCGCUGACUUCCAGUACGGCCAGCGCGAGCUGGAUACCAUUGAGGUUUUCCUGACCAAGAGCGCGCGCGCCAACCGCAUCGCCUGCAUGUAUGUGCGCUGUGUACCCGGUGCCAGGUAUACAGUUCUCUUCUCACAUGGCAAUGCAGUGGACCUGGGCCAGAUGUGCAGCUUCUAUGUCGGCCUGGGCACGCGCAUCGGCUGCAACAUUUUCUCUUAUGACUACUCUGGCUAUGGGAUCAGCUCUGGCCGGCCCUCAGAGAAGAACCUGUAUGCUGACAUCGAUGCGGCCUGGCAGGCCCUUCGCACCAGGUACGGCAUCAGCCCCGACAGCAUCAUCCUGUACGGCCAGAGCAUCGGCACAGUGCCCACGGUGGACCUGGCAUCGCGCUAUGAGUGUGCUGCGGUGGUCCUGCACUCGCCUCUCACCUCGGGCAUGCGGGUGGCCUUCCCUGACACCAAGAAGACCUACUGCUUUGAUGCUUUCCCUAAAGGCCUCCAUCUGCUAACGCUGAAGCUGGAGCCUAAGUCCCAAGUCCACGAAAACCUCACCAAGUCGAGCGUCCCUGACGCUGUGCCCACUCCUCUCUGGCCUCGGGACCUUGGUACAGGCCUCACUAGAUCCCCGUCUGCAGUCUGACUGCUCGCUUCUCCCACAACUGCCUCCUUCUCCAUCACCUGCUUCAGGGUCCACCCCACCCCCCGAGAUGCUGAGCUUUAGACCCCAGGCUGUCCAAGGGCCAAGUCUCCUGUGACCCUGGUGCAGACGGGAAGAUGAGCGUCUGCACAUGGUUGGAAAGGACAAGCCUCGUUCCUAGCCCGUCACCCUGGAAUCGGGAUGCUGAGACAGGAUUGCCCCUCCCUAUGUCCAGCUGUUGCUGGCCACGAACUCUGGCUUCCUGGGUGCUGAGGAUGGGACCCGGUGCUCCCUGUGGGUGAGAGCACUCCGCCAGAUGAGCUGCGGCACCAGCUCCUCUCAUGUUUUGAGUGAGGGCCUUCCCGUAGCUCCUGUGAGCCUGACCUGACCGAGGCCUGCCACACCUGCUCUAUGUGGGACUUAGGGCACAGGGCAUGCCGGACGGGAACUCCAGCCAUGUUUUUGUUUUUAAUUUUUGGGAUAGGGUCUCUGUCUUGAGCUUGGCAGACUGAAACUCGCUAUGUAGCCCAGGCUGGCCUCCAACUUGAGGCAGUCCCAAGACUUUAGUCUCCCCAAUGCUGGAAUGACAGACCUGAUGAGUCAGCAUGUAAGCCACAGCCAAUUUAAACAAACAAAAAGCCCAGCCAGUCUGGGACUUGUUUUGCACAAGCCUUUAACCCCAGCACUCGGGAUGCAGAGGCAGGCAGAUCUCUAGGUUCAAGGCCAGCCUGGUCUAUAAAGUUCCAGGAUAGCUAGAGCUACACAGAAACCCUGUCGCAAACAAAAAAAUCACAUUUAUUUGAGGGUGAGGCACGUGCACCACAGCAUGGGCAGAGGUCAGCUGUCGAGAAUCUGUUCUAACCAUGUGUGUUUUGGGAGCUGAAUUCAGGUAAUCAGACUUGGAGGCAAGAGUCUUUACUCACUGAGCCAUCUGGCUGGUCCUACAGCCAACUUUUUAAAUGCUUCCUUCUGUCCACUGUGUUUUGUAAUAGCCAUCUUUGUCACUAUUAGUCAUUUAAAAGUUGGAUAAAUGUACAUUUACUAUAAAGAUGUAUAUUUAAAUGGUCUGUA